CUGCGUGCGGCGUGACGCAAGCACGCUGCGGCCCGCGCUCGGUGGCUGCGAACCUGGGCUGUGGGCUUGAGAGGUGACCAGAGCCACGUAAUGUCAGUUAUCCGUUCGUCUGUCCACGCCAAGUGGAUUGUGGGGAAGGUGAUUGGGACAGCAAUGCAGAAAACUGCUAAAGUAAGAGUCACCAGGCUUGUCCUGGAUCCCUAUCUAUUAAAGUACUUCAAUAAGAGAAAGACCUACUUUGCCCACGAUGCCCUUGAGCAGUGCACGGUCGGGGAUAUUGUGCUCCUGAAAGCUUUACCCGUGCCCCGGACAAAGCACGUGAAGCACGAACUGGCCGAGAUCAUUUUCAAAGUGGGCAGGGUGAUAGACCCGGUGACGGGGAAGCCCUGCGCGGGCACCACCUACCUGGAGAGUCCACUCAGUGAGGAAACCACCCACGUGACCCAAAGCCUGAAAGAACUGCAGAUCUCGGCCCCUUGAAGGAGGAGCCAGAGAGACGGACCCCUUGGCUUUGCGGAAAUGAGAGCUGCCUGCUUUUCAUCACAGACCGUCCACUGUCACCUGUAGUAUUUAUGAAAUAGCUAAAGGUGAAUGAGGUAAAGGUCUUGCUAUAAUUUUGUUUUUGUAAGAGCUUAUGAUCCAGUUUCAAGUUCUCUUAAGUAAACAUAACUUAUGUUACACUGAGUGUGCCUAGCGAUCUGUUUUAGAAGAUGUCCUAUUUUUUUGCUGCUGUUCCUGGGAAUCUUGGGCUUAUUUGAGAAAUUCUGUUUGGGAGAAGAAUUCCAUUAGAUAGAAACGCAACUGCAUUCAGUGAAUAUUUUUGAUAAUAGGUACUAAAAACAAAAUUUCUUCUUUUUUAUAAAAUAUUUUAUUGUUUUGUGAUGCUGUUCUACAGGCUCUGAAAUUCCCCCUUCCUUCUCCCCAGAUCCCCUCCAUCCCACUGAUUUCCCCUAUAUCAUUACAGUGGGGUAGUCCUUCAUAAGCAGUCGUAAGUCCAUCAUUCUGCUAUUUAAGCGUAUCCUGAUAUUGUCGAUAUGAACAGUGGCACAGAGCCCAGCAUC